UCCCUCUUGUCGUCGUCCAUAGUAACAUACCUACACAGUCAAUAUGGCGGACGAGAUGGAGAAACCGAAAAGUAAAAGAAUCUUUGUAAACCAUUUAGAUCAAUACCAAGGGAAAAAUAUAGGAAAGUACCUGUCUCGGUGUGUAGUUGGAUCAUCUCUUGAAGAACCAGAAGAAGAAGAUGAUGCCAGAUCAACAAGCAGUUCUCUUGCACUGUUCAAUAAGGAGGGAUGCUAUGAGAUUGUGGGGACACUCAAAGAUAGGGAAGCCCCCAAACCAGAUUUUGCCAAGGAAAUAAUUCAGUUUGAGAACAAAGAUCAGCUGUAUGAACACCUAGUUGAGUGUGAUGUACUGGUGUAUGACAUCACUGAAGAUCCUGACCAGAUUGAUGAGGCGGUUUGGGCAGUGUCAGAAAUUCAUUCGGAUCUUGAUAAAAUUGAAAAGCCCAAAAUGUUCAUUUUGAUCUCUUCUGUGAUGACCUGGGCCAAAAGUAAACCACUUGAUCCUGAUGAUCCAGAAAUCCCCUUCACAGAGGAUGACUACAGACGAAGGAAGCCUCACCCAAACAACAAGGAACACAUAAGCGCAGAGAAAACUGUCAUCAAGAUGGGAAAAACGAACAAAGCAAAGCUUGUCACCUAUGUUGUGGCCUCGGGUCUGACAUAUGGAGCGGAGGAAAACAUCUUCCAUUACCUAUUCAAGUCUGCCUGGCACAACGCUCCACAACUUCUGUGUUUUGGAAAUGGGCAGAAUGUUAUACCUACCAUCCACAUCAAAGACUUGGCAGGAGUUAUACAGAACAUAGCUGACAGCAGACCAAAGGUGCGCUACCUCAUCGCCAAGGAUGAUGCACAGAAUACGCUGGAGGAGAUAGUCAAGGCUGUGAGCCAGAAUUUGGGAACUGGAAAAGUCAAGAUGAUCACAAAGGAAGAAGCAUUGCUGAGCAAAGACAUUGAGCAAUCCGACUUUGACCAGCUGCUGGUGAACCUGAGAAUGGACGCAGUCAAUGUGAAGGAGAACAUGAGGGUGAACUGGGCAGCAGAGACUGGCCUUGUGGAGAACAUUCAACAGAUUAUCAAGGAAUACAAAGACUCUCGUAGACUACAGCCUUUGCGAGUGUGUGUACUCGGGCCUCCAGCUUCUGGAAAGUCUACAGUGGUUCAGCAGCUUUGUGAAUUUUACAAACUUCAUCACAUCAAGAUCAAGGAUGUUGUGGACGAGGCCAUGGAUAAUUUGACUGCCACUGCACGGCGGGCAGAUUCUGAGGACCAGGAAGACGAUGAUGGUAAGGCUCAAGAUGCCCAGGACCUGAUCGACCGCAUCAAUGAGGGCAAGGACCAGGCAACAGGCAGACUCGAGGACCAGCAUGUCAUCCAAUUCUUCAAGGACAAACUCCUCUCCAUGUCCUGUCAGAACCAAGGCUUCAUCAUCGAUGGCUUCCCAAAGACCAUCGAACAGGCCAAGGACCUGUUUGCUUCUGAGGAUGAUGAAGAACCAGAAGAAGCGGCCAAGGCCGGAAGCUAUAACAAAUUGUUGAUGCCAGAGUUUGUGUUUAACCUUGAGGCAACUGACGACUUCCUGCAUAAUCGUGUAAUGAACCUACCGGAGAGUGUAGUUCAUGGAACACACAACACGGAGGAGGGCCUGAUACGGAGGCUUGACCAGUACCGUUCCAUCAAUAAUGAGGAUGAGACUGUCCUUAACUAUUUUGAUGAAAUUGAGUUCCAUCCGGAGAAAAUUGAUGUCAACAAAGAUGAAUCGCAUAUGAUGAAAGACACUGUUGAGAAACUUAAAAAGAUCAUUGGAGCUCCAAGAAAUUAUGGUCCCACAGCAGAGGAGUUGGAAGAGAUGAAGCGAGUGGAAGAGGAAGCUCGACUGAAGCGGGAGACAGAGGAAAGACAGGAGCGAGAAAGACGGGAGGCAGAAGAGAGCGCUCUGCGUAAACAGAGGCAAGAAGAAUGGACUCAGCGAUUGAACGAGGUGAAGCGUGAAGAGUAUGAACUUCUGGAGGCUCAGUCGAUCCCACUGAGGAACUACCUUAUGAAACAUGUGAUGCCUACCCUAACACAAGGUCUCAUUGACUGCUGCAAGACUCGACCUGAUGACCCCAUCGAUGCCUUGGCUGAGUAUCUAUUCCAGAACAACCCACAGGUUGACUAACAGCUGAUCAUGGAGAACAAUAAGACUUUUAAACUGUGAACUUUAAAAUACUAUCAUCAUUAACAUCAGCGAUGAAAUAUGUGACUGUUGUUUAAAGUCAUUCAGUGCCUGUAGAGGUGUUUCCUCUGAACAAGACUGUUGAUGGAAAAUUCAGAGCAGAUUUAUCUUAAAAAAAUUCAUUGUGCUUUGAUUGUAUAGGAUACAGCAUUUUCACAUACUUCAGAGCAUUCCAACUGUUAUGUAUGGCUGGACUUCACCAACAGAUUUAGAAUGUGAUAUUGUGAUAUUUACAUAAAUUUUAAUGUGUACAUAAAUCAAUGAAAACUUACCAUUAAAUUAUUAUAUUGUA